AUGGCUACUGACCACGCGGACCAUGGAUCGAGAGGAUCUACUGGUGUUAUAGUAGCUGCCGUCUCAACCUCUAUCGCAUUUGUCGCCUUGAGUCUAAGGUUGAUGACAAGAGCAUUCAUUAUUCGCAAUGUUGGACCUGAAGACUAUGUUGUGCUUGUUGCGUUCGCGCUAUCAGUUGCACUCACAGCUCUCAUCUGUGUUGAGGUGCAACAUGGACAAGGCCGUCACUACUCGACAGUGUCCCCUGAAGAGUUGGAACAGCUGAACAAGGCAUUCUGGGCCAGUGUUCCUGUCUACCAAGCCAGCUUGACGUUGACUAAGAUCUCCAUCCUGCUACAAUAUCGCCGCGUGUUCGUCGGCACUGGCAUACAACGUUUCAUUCUUGGCUCUAUCGGUGUUAUCAUCAUAUAUGGAUUAUGGUCGGUAUUGUCGACCGCGUUCAUGUGCUCGCCGGUGUCCUACUUUUGGGAUCGAAGCAUCAGUGGCCACUGCCUAAGCCGCCUAGGGGUCUGGUUCUCAAAUUCCGCGCUCAACAUCAUCACCGACAUUGUGAUAUGUGUGAUGCCCUUCCCAGUGCUGAACAAGCUUCAUCUUCCUCGCAAACAAAAGUACGCACUCAUGGCUGUUUUCGGUCUGGGCCUAUUCGUUUGCCUGACGUCCAUCCUCCGACUCAAAUCUCUCUACGACAUAUCUGUCUCUGACGACAUCACUUGGGACAACACACCCGCGGCUUACUGGUCUAGUCUGGAGGUCAAUUUUGCAGUGAUCGCCGCCUGCCUACCGACGCUCCGCAAAACAAUCUCUCGAUUCUUCCCUCGCUUCUUCUCCUCAUACUCCAACUCGGACUCGAACCACCGCUACCUGCCUUCUCGCAAGACAAAGACAAAGUCACGCGCCGACACAAACGGCUUCUCAAAAUUCGCCAUCACAUCUCACGCCGCCCAAACCGAUUGGGUACAAGGAUUGACAUCUCAAAAUGUCACUGCAAAGGGCUUAUCAUCAGAGAUGGACGACUUGAAGAAAAAGCCAAGCUUAAGCACAUGCAACAGCGAUGAUGGUAUCACAGUUGUCGGGGCUGAGCCAGAAGACGGUCGGAUCCGUGUCAUGACUACCAUAGUCACACAUGAGCUCACACCGUCACCUUCGGAACUGGAUGUAUCCGUUGGUCCGAGUUCAACAGCGUCAAGUCCGAAGGAGAGACAUCUUGUAUAA